GGACCAUGUAUCGGGCGUCGUCCAAGGUUACGUCGGCGCACAACGACGGCGUGUGGAGCACAUUCUGGACGAGCCGUGACCAAAUCCUGAGUGGAUCUGUCGAUGAAGUCGUCAAGAGCUGGGAUGCGAGCUCACUGGAGGAGUCUCAGUCGCUGUCCGUGGUGAAGCAAUACCCAGGGCACGUGCUGGGAACGAUCUCGGUGGUGGCGACCAAGGACGGGCGGCGGGCGGCAACUUCGUCGUUGGACUGCCAAGUGCGCAUUCUGAACCUCGAAACGGGUGGCGUCGAGAAGACUAUUGACACAGGCGCUGGGGAAACGUGGCAAAUUGCGUACGACCCAACAGACAAGUUCCUCGUGUCGGGGUCGCAGCAAGGCAAGGUCAACAUCAUCAACAUCGAGCAGGAAAAGAUCGUGCAGUCCAUCGCCGCCAACGGCAAGUUCAUCGUGUCCGUCGCGUACUCCCCCGACGGAAAGCUGGUCGCCUGCGGCGGCUUUGACGGCGUCGUGGCCAUUUUCGACGUGGAAACCGGCGCCGAAGUCCAAAAAUACCACGAUCGAACAAAGCCGGUGCGGUCCGUGGCGUUCAGUCCCGACGGAAGCUUCUUGCUCGCCGCGUCCGACGACAUGCACGUCAAGAUCUACGACAUCACACAAAAGAGCAUGGUGGGGUCUGUGUCUGGCCAUAUCUCUUGGAUCUUGAACGUCGCAUGCAGUCCCGACCGCAAGCAAUUCGCCACCGCGGGCGGAGACCGCAAGGUCAAGAUUUGGGACUUGGCGGCCAAGAAUUGCCUCUACACGUUUGAAUGCCACACCGACCAGGUACGAGUAGUCCUAGUAGUAGUAGUAGUAGUACUAGCUAUCCUACUACACAUGACUCGUGAUCCUUGUCUGGUGAAGGUGUGGAGCGUGGCGUACAAUUCGACGGGCACGCGGCUGGUGUCUGGUGGGGACGACGCGUUGCUGCAAAUCUAUGAAAUUGCGACCUAAAUAGUUUUAGUAGUUUGUCGUAAACGAUUAAUGGAAUACGGCAAGCAUGACACGUCCAAC